AUGGAAGUCUAUGUAGACAAUCUUCUGGUUAAGAGCAAGGAGUCCGAGCAACAUCUUGAUGACCUCCAAGAAGCUUUCGCAGUAAUGGGAAAAUACAAGAUGAAGCACAACCCACAAAAAUGUGCAUUUGAAGUCGAAUCAGGAAAAUUCUUGGGUUUCAUGGUCUCCGAGGGAGGGAUUGAAGCUAAUCUCGGAAAAAUUAAGGUGAUCGUGGACAUGCCUCCACCCCAAACUAUCAAUGAAGUCCAGAAACUGAUAGGGAAGAUAGCUGCCCUGGGCCGUUUCAUUGCAAAGUCAACCGACCGGUGCCGUCCUUUCUUCAAGGUCCUGCGAAAUGUACAAGAAUGGGAUGAAGAUUGCGGAAGGGCCUUCAGCAAGUUGAAGGAAUACUUGGCUCAUUCACCUUUGCUCAGCCAAACCACGCCAGGAGAAGACCUAACUGUCUACCUGGCUGUAUCGCCCAAUGCGGUGUCCUCCGUGUUGACCCGAGGCAAGCCGUGGCAGGUCUACGUCGACAGCUCAUCCUUUGGGGGAGGAGUAAGAGUCUGUAUAAUAACAGACUCAGGUGAAAAACUUGAUUACAUCCUCAAGCUUGGAUUCAAAGCCACCAAUAACGAAGCCGAGUAUGAAACACUCUUGUUAGGUCUAACGAUUGCCAGAUCUUUGGGUGAAACUGAAGUUGAAGUAAAAGUUGACUCUCAGAUAGUGGUGGGGCAGUACUCUACCAUCCAUCAAAUUCCGAGAGAAGAGAACCAAGAAGCAGAUCAGCUAGCCAAAGCUGCCUCAGGGCAAGAAGAAUUCCCACUCCUAGAUCACGUUGUAAUUCGAACUAUUGAUGUGGCAGCAGUAGGAAUUCGGGUGUCAAUUAUUGAGGACCUACAACCCCCAGAAUGGGCCACGGACAUUUUAAAAUUUCUUCAAGGGGGAAUCCUUCCGGAAGAUAGGGAAGAGGCCCGAAAAAUUAGCACCGAGCGGCUCGGUUCACUUUGGUAA